ACCACACUGCCUCACUGCGUAUGCGUCGAAUACACCUGCAGGCAAGCACAUAUAAGCGGACUAGAGUACGUUAACAGGUUAUUAGAGUGCAAGCAAGCGACAGAGGUAGAAGUACACACAGAACACAGAUUUCUAAACAGAUUUCACUGGUGAUAUAAAAACAUCGUCGAUAUUCAAAAUGGGUUCGUAUAAUUCGACCCAAGAAGAUGGCAGAAAUCGACCUUACACCAUCAUCGAUGAACAGGGUGAAAGUUCGGCGAAAGAUGAAGCCGACGUCACAGCAACGACCAGCCAACCCACCCAGUCUGGGAACGACAUAAUUGAAGACGAGUUCGCAGACAUCGAUGAGAUUCUUAAAGAUUUUGACUUCCCGUUUGAGAACCUUAUUCUCGAAGGCGGCGGCGCCCAAGGAAACGCUUAUAUCGGCGCCAUAAUUGAGAUGGAACAGCGUGGUUACUUGGAAAAGCUUACUCGAUUCGGCGGUGCCAGCAUAGGAGCGUUUACUGCUUGUUACCUCGCCGUGGGACAUGGACCAGAAAAAUUCCUCAAAAUUCUCAACGAAGGCCCGCAAAUCAUCGAUUUGUUAGAUGCAUCAUUUGGAAGGUGUAGUAUGGUACCAAACUUGUUCAGACACAUGGGAUGGCAUCCAGGCAAAGCUAUCGACAAGUUUCUUGGUGACUCCAUAAAAGAGAAACUGGGAAACCCGGAUGCAACCUUCAAGGAUCUUUACGACAAGACGGGGAGAGAACUGUGCGUCGUGGUUACCAACCUCAGUACGAUGAUGGAGGAAUACUGCCACGUGAAGACCACACCAGACAUGCCUAUGCGACUCGCAGUCAGAAUGUCCACAUCUAUACCAGGUGUAUUAUUUCCCGUUACGCGAGCAGACAAUGACCGAAACGACAUGUACAUUGAUGGGGGCGUCAUAUGCAAUUACCCCGUCCAUUGCUUUGAUGGAUGGUGGCUGUCCAUGAAGCUGGAAGAUUCUUUCUUCAAUAAAAUACGCCAUCUACAGGAUGGGGCCAAACUGCUCACCAAGAAGCAGAGGUUUGGAGGCUCCAAUAAAAAGACUUUUGGAAUGAUCAUUUAUAGUGAAUACGAUUCACAUGUAUUGCCUACCAACUCGGAUUUAGAGGCCAUCGAAUCUCCAUUACCUGACACCGAACUCGUCAAAGCCCAUCGAGAGAUGAAGAAAAACAGGAAGACGGGCAUGGAGAAACACGAAAAGGUGCAGGAAGCAAUGGAGCACUUCUGGGAUGUUCUGCACAUGAAGGACCGUAAUGGUGACUCAGAGAUUGUGCUUAAAGAGCUUCAGGACGCCUUCAAGGAUCCAAACGAGUUCACCCAGGAAGAUAUUCUUACCCUGUUCGGCAAGGCCCGUACAGCUGAUGAAGUCUUCAAACUGCUAGAUGCCAACAAAGAUGGCAAGGUUGUCUUUGGUGAAUUGAUGAGGUUCGCUGACAAGAAGGGCGUAGGGCUCCAUGAACAACACAUUGGAUCUGGUCGGCAAAACAUCAGGAGUCCGACUGAAUUUGCGACAGGUAUCUUUAAGGCGCUACUUAUGAACGUCAAGCGAGCCUUCCUUGGGGGCGAUGAUAUCGAGCGUACAGUGCUCAUCAACACAGUUUACUACCAGUCUUUCGACUUCGGGCCGCAGCAAGAAGACCUGGAUUUCCUGGUCGAGCAAGGGCGUCGCGGAUUCUUAAAGUUUCUGAAGUACCAUGCGACCAAAGCUGCAUCAGAACAAGACAAAGCAUGUUCGACAUAGAGGGCAGUCUACACCAGUAACUUUAUAUUUCACGUUGAUCUUUUUAUUAAUAUUUCGCAUUUUAACUCAGUACUAGAAGUUCUUCGUAUGAUCCCGCACAUUCACACAGUUGUAUGUAUACACGAGUAAAUGGUCACACAGUUGUAUUCAAACGGAUACCAUGAUUAUGAGAUGUCGUAUGGAUUAACGGUGCUGAAUGUUUUUCUACAUUGUUUUAUAAACUAAGUUUGUUAUGUAUCUCAUGUUUACUCUAUGUAUAUUUCUGUAUGUAUUGAGGGCCCUUAAUCAAGCCUUGGCUUUUAGGGGCACCCUGACCAUUUACACUGUAUCAUUAAUGUUCACACACGCAUGAUUUGUAUACUGUUUUUGUUUUUUUUUAAAUGGUUUAACAAAACGAAUUGAAUUGAAUUGAAUUGAAUAUAGGCGAUUAUUAUUUGGCAACAAUUUAGCUUGCUCUUAGUUCUAUAUGUUUAUAUGAUUUUGGAAAAGAAACAUAAAUAUGAAAUAUAUAUAGACACAA